AUGCACCACGUCUUCCUCAAGAUAUACUUCCUACUCUUUUCCCUAUGGAUUCAUGACAUUACAGCAGACGACGUAGUCAUUACCGCAGAUCGUGCGUGUGACGUAGGGUUUUCAAUCGGCACAAACAACCACGCAGAAUGUAGACUGACAUAUUGGAAGACCAAAGAAACAUUGAUUUAUAACUGCGAAUAUUCUAGUUGUUGGGCAGGCCCUCAUCAAUGGGUUCCAAUGUCGGGAUGUACACGUGAAUCAGACAAACACGUGAGUGCUCAACAGUGUGCGCAAUACAAGUACACCGGGCAGAAGAACGUUUAUACUUGUGACAACCCCGGAGGGGUAUCCUAUACAUGCACUUAUGACCCUUCCACUGCGCCAGUCAUGGCAUGUCUUAAAUGCAAACCAAAACACUGA